AUGGCUACCGUAACAGCACAAGCCAACCUGUCUACAUAUGGGCGACUGGUGGAUGGCGCGUUCACUCGAGUCCAAGACUGCCAGACGGCCGAGCGCUUCAUGGCAAGGAGGGCGUAUGGGUUGUUCUCAAAAGUGAUGCACUACGCUCCCUUCCUCCAAGGUAUCCAGUCCGUGGUAGUGGAUGGAAACGAAGCGGUAGCAACCGUCAAACUUCCCGAAGGCCAGCCUGGUCGGAUAGAGAGCCCUACUUGGAUGAGAUGUGAUGCGGUGCUCCUUGACUCCCUUAUUUCGGUGACAGGGUUGCUGCUAAAUACCAGCGAAAACGCUGCUGAUGACCAAGUCCUGAUUGCGGUGGGUAUUGAACGUGUGAUUCUGACAACUGCCUGUCUAGCAAAUUUCGAGGGGGAGUGGUUCGUCUACACAAGUAUUAAGUCGGCUGGUAAUAAUCAGUUCAUUGGGGAUGUCUUCGUACGCUCCCCCGAAAGACAGAUGGUAGCGAUGAUGUCAGGCGUUCGUUUCAAUCAGUUGGACAGGGUGAAGUUGGGCAAAUCCCUUGGAGCAGCUAACAACGCCAGGAUUUCUCGGCCACAGCAGCCAGUAUCGCGCCCUGAUCACAUACUGGCUCAGAAGAACGUCCCUGAUGCUGCUGCUAUGUCUACCGGGGAAUUACCAACCAUGAGUGACACGGAAUCAAGUCCUAUGACGGCUACAACAGCCAUGACAACUCCACUAGAAGAAAAGUACAGGAACCCCGAGGUUGUGAUAAAUGGGCUCAUCUCGAAUUACACUGGUUUGGACCCAGCCGAUAUCCCUGCAGAUGCUGUUCUUAUAGACCUUGGUAUCGAUUCUCUAUCAUUGACGGAAUUUUCGGAUGAGCUCAACGCAGCAUUUGACUCGAGCAUCAGUACCGUAGGCCUGGGACAAACGUCUGUGGAGAACCUCACAGAAAUGGUGAAGCAAAAGUCGCCUGGGGGCCCUCGACACACGAUUGGUAGUGAUGAAGUCAUACAUCACAAUGAGCCGGUAUCGCCUACUGACUCUGGUAUUCCACCGAGUAUCUUACAAACCAAGCUCAACGGAGUGAUUGGACAUGAAGGUGACAAGACCGCGGCCACAUGGGACCCAGUAGAGGCACUGCUCGAAGUCGACAGCCGAUUCCAAGAUGCGGCAAAUAGGAAUGGGUAUAUCGCCUACGAGUCUAAUGUCUUACCGUUGCAAAAUCUUUUGGCGCAGGCCUAUAUCCUGGAAGCCUUCGAGGCUAUGGGGGUUCCCGUUCUGUCUUUGCCCUCAGGGACGGUUGUUUCCCCAAUUAAGCAUAUACCCAAGCACAGCAAGCUCGUUCCUCGACUAUGGAACAUUCUUCAGACCCAUGGAGUUGUUUUUAUACAGGCGAGUAUAAUCGUGCGAGGUCGUGAAACCCCAAAAUUUGGUUCUGCUGCGGAGGUGUAUGAGAACUUUGUUUCCCGCUUUCCAGCCUGUUUGCCGGAAGCACAGUUGAUGAAACUGACCGGAGAAAACCUGGCACCCAUUCUCAAGGGCGAACAAGAUCCUCAAUCGCUGAUGUUUGGAAGUUCAGCCUCAUUCAAAAUUAUGGAAGACUAUUAUGCCAACUCACCAAUGGUAUCCACAUCUACGGAUCAGCUCGUAACUCUAGUCACGAUUUUGCUUCGCGGACACGAGAUGCAUCAUAAGAGCGAUAAGCGGGUCCCUCGCAUUCUGGAAGUUGGUGCAGGCACCGGGGGCACGACUCUGCGGCUGGCGCAGGCUAUCGAGGCGGCGAGAAUCCCGUGCCAAUACACCUUUACCGAUGUAUUUGCACCGAUUGUCUCCAAAGCGAAGGACAGAUUCGUUGAUUUCUCCUGGAUCGACUACGACACAAUUGAUCUAGAAGAGAAAACGAGAGCCGAGCAUCGCAAUCGCUACGACAUAGUCAUCGGAACGAACUGUGUGCACGCUACCUCCAGCAGGGUUGGAACUUGCCGCAGGCUCAGGGACUGCCUGAUUGAUGACGGGGUUGUGAUUCUUUCUGAGAGAACUCAACCGCUGGCGUGGUUUGACAUGACUUUUGGCUUGCUUGAUGAAUGGUGGGUGGCCGAGAACGGAACCAAGUAUCCUCUUCAGCCAGCGUCCGAGUGGAUGGAGGUGCUUCAGGAAGCUGGGUUCUCUCGCACGAGCUUCACCCGAGGAGCGGGGAGCGAGACAUCUCUGCAGCAAUUACUUGUUGGAAGCAAAGUGCGAGGAUAG